AUGCUCCAACAUGUCCGCUUUUCACGCCGUCUCUGGAUCCUCGCCGCUUGGACGGUGGCCGGCUUCUUCUGCUUUCGAUUCUUCUCAAUCAACACCCAAAAUGAAUUAACAAACGAGAAGCAAGUCCCUACAGAAAAGGCUCCCGAUACCGACCACUCGGGUAGACACCACGCACACGAACACUCUGUACUGUGGAACGACGCUGCAACAAUACUAGAGACAUACAGUCUGGCCCAUAUUCCCGGCUUUACGAUGCUCCAAAACGUGUAUAGUAUCAAUGGUACCCUCAUCCUCGUCUCGGACAAUGGAAGCAGUCUACCUAUCCCCAAACAUGUUAUUUCUGCAUGGGCAAAGGUUCCUGAGCGCAGGAUCUAUCUUGCCGAAGAACCUACCCACCAUCGCAUUCGCGUCGUCGAUCGAGCAACCGCAAUUCGUCUACUUGGUCUAUCUGCUCGUCGGUUGCAUGGAACAACGUGGCUAUUCAACGAACCUCUGGCAUAUGCAGACGACUCUGCUGUCCUCAAAGCUCUGCGAACACAUUAUAUGCAGGAGAGCAGGACAGGAUCUGGCCCUAGCUAUCUACCUCCUAGACGCCUGCUGUUCCCCCAUAUUCCCAUCAAGCAACAGCAUGCCCUUCCAGGGCUAUCUACGACCCCCCGCAGUAUAUUUCCAUCCAUUGGGAUUGGAUUCAAAGAAGAUUGGUAUGACUACGCGUCUCACGAUCGACCGAUCGUCUUUGAUACCCUAGUCCUUCUCGACAGUGCUGCCACCUUUCGAAAUCCUCGGAUAUUACAACAACCCGACCAUUCACUUCUUCGUCUCGAGGUUUUAUCCCCUUUAUUGGCCUUUACGCCGCUCAGUAACACCUGGUGGGCUCCUUGGAGAAAAAGGUUGGCCGAGAUGAUCGGUUUCAUGGAAUCAAAGUCGAACCGACUGAUUAUCUCGUAUGUUUUCUCAAGUUCGGAUCACCACGGAAAGCUGGACUCGACCACCCAUGACUCCCUCAUCAACGCUGCCAAAGCAUUGGAACAGUCUCAUGACUUGGUAUUUCAUGUCGUAGAUACCGCAUCAACCAACUUCAUCGACAGAUUACGACUCGCAUUGUCCACCUCGAUUAUGUUUGGACCAACCGGACGGAGCCUUAUGGACGUUAUGUGGAUGCCAGUGGCCAAGCGUGCAACCGUCAUCGAGUUAUUCCCAGACGACUAUCUCACAGCGAAGCAGUAUCACGUCUCCAAGGUUGUUGGGAUCAACUAUCAAGCUUGGAGAGGCUCUCGAAUCAUUGAAAUGCCGUCAAUAACAAACGAGACGUAUUCGGAACUCUUAAAGUCAACCCUCCAGCGAUCAGUGGAUAUAGAGAAGGCUCUAAGGGACCCCAUCAAGCUCGACAUCGAUAAAUUUGUACAACAUCUCGUAGCAUGUGUGGAGGCUGGCUAA